AAUACAAAUUCUCCCCCUCAACCACUAAUCCAAUAGACAUGAGACCACCUCUUCUCCAAGCUCCCCCUAUCUUCCCUAACAUCUCUCCUUCUCUUUCGAGUCUGAAACACAAUAGAAGAAGAAAAAUGUUGGGGAAAAAGAUGGGUUCGUUGAAGAAGCUAGCCAAGAAGGUGAAGGGGAUGGGGGGAGGUGGCGGUGAGCAAUCACACUAUGAAUGUUUGCUAACGGAAAAUGAGCAAAUGUCUCCUUCGGCUUCAACCCCAUCUGGGUUUUUCGCUGUUUACAUAGGAGACGGUGAAGAAAGGUUUGUAGUGCCAACCAGCUUCUUGUCACAUCCACUCUUCAAGAUGUUGCUGGAGAAGUCAUACAAUGAAUAUGGUUUUGACCAAAGGAAUAAGCUAGUUGUUCCUUGCACUGUCUCUACAUUUCAAGACGUUGUCAAUGCUGUUGAAUAUUGUUAUGGCAAGUUUGAUUUUGGGAAACUAGUUGAGGAGUUACUUUAGGGGGGGG